AAGGAGGAUGAUACACUAUACACUAUAUUGCCAAAAGUAUUGGGACUCCCCUGCAAAUCAUUGGAUUCAAGUGUUCCAAUCACCUCCAUGGCCACAGGUGAAUAAAAUCAAACACCUAGGCAUGCAGACUGCUUCUGCAAACAUUUGUGAAAUAAUGGGUCGCUCUCAGGAGCUCACCAAAUGCAAGUGUGGUACCGUGAUAGGCUACCACCUGUGCAAUAAGUCCAUCCGUGACAUUUCCUUGCUACUAAAUAUUCCACGGUCAACUGUUAGUGGUCUUAAAACAAAGUGGAAGCAACUGGGAACAACAGCAACUCAGCCACGAAGUGGUAGGCCACGUAAAAUGAUAGAGCAGGGUCAGCGCAUGCUGAAGUGCACAGUGCGCAGAAGUCGUCAACUGUCUGCAGAGUUAAUAACUAAAGCCCUCCAAACUUGGUGUGGCCUUAAGUUUAGCAAGACAACAGUGCACAGAGAGCUUCAUGGAAUGGGUUUCCAUGGCCGAGCAGCUGCAUCCAAG